AUGUAUCCAAAUCCCAAUUCAUUGUUAUAUAUUCUUAAAGAUUCUAUGUGUGUUCAAUUACUAUAUAAUGAUGAUGUUUGGAAACAAUCCUGUGAACCAUAUCCUGUAUCUAUAUACUUUAGAUCCUAUGACUUUACUAACUCUACUGAAUCUUAUGAAUCCACUGACUUUAAUGACUCUCAUGACUUUAAUGACUCUUAUAACUCUUAUGACUCUUAUAACUCUUAUGACUCUAAUGACUCUUAUGACUAUGACUCAUCUACCUUUAUUCCAAGAUUAUAUUUGAACUUUGAUCCAUAUUAUUAUACAUAUGUUUAUGAUGGUAAUAUAUGGAUUCUUAGGAAAGAUUUGUCUCAUUGUUAUUCCUUUAAACUAGAUCCAUCUAUGUAUCCCAAAGAUAUCACUAUUGUAACUGAAUCUGGUGGUUCUAAGGAAUCCACUACUGGUUCUGAGGAAUCUUCUGCUAGUUCUGCUGGUUACACAGUAUAUGAUCAUGGUGAUGGAAUAUACUUGUAUGAUUUUGGUACGGCCAGAUGUUCAGAGGUUAUGUAUCGUGGCCAAACUGUUUCCAAGCGACAAUCUGGUGGUCCAUAUCCUAGAAGAAUUGUUUUUGAUACAAAAACUCUCACAUUUGAGUUUGAUUUCAAGAACAAGACUGCAGUCUAUAAACUCAAUUCUGGUUGGUACAUAUCUGAAGUUUCUGAUAAGUUAGAACACUUUAAAUAUGAAUUUCCUGACUGGAUCCUAAAACCAGACAUCGGAUAA